AUGCCUUCCAAGAACCGCUUCACCAAGCUAGACGCCUUCACCAAGACCGUCGAAGAUGCGCGCAUCCGAACGACAUCAGGUGGAAUUGUUACCGUCGCAUCGCUCUUACUUAUCCUGUACUUGGUGUGGGGAGAAUGGGCAGACUACCGACGCAUCUCGGUACAUCCAGAGCUCAUUGUCGACAAAGCGAGAGGAGAGAAGAUGGAGAUCCACAUGAACAUAUCGUUCCCCCGCGUACCGUGUGAGCUGCUCACCCUGGAUGUGAUGGAUGUGAGUGGAGAGGUGCAGACUGGUGUGAUGCAUGGCGUGCACAAGGUACGGUUAAGGCCAGAAAGCGAAGGCGGCGGUGAGAUUGAGAAGAAGGCUCUGGAUUUGGGCGUGGAAGAGGCGGCACAACACUUGGAUCCCGACUACUGCGGUGAAUGUUAUGGCGCACCGGCACCGUCGAACGCAGCAAAGGCAGGGUGCUGUAACACCUGUGCUGAAGUAAGAGAGGCAUACGCAGGCGUCAGCUGGAGCUUUGGCCGAGGGGAGAAUGUCGACCAGUGCGAGCGGGAGCACUACAGCGAGCAUCUGGACGAGCAGAGAAAGGAGGGAUGCAGAAUUGAAGGUGGUAUCCGAGUGAAUAAGGUCGUUGGAAACUUCCACUUCGCACCGGGCAAGAGCUUCAGCAAUGGCAACAUGCACGUCCACGACUUGGAGAAUUUCUUCCAUUCGCCGGAAGACAUCCAACACACGUUCACCCACAAGAUUCAUCAUCUCCGCUUCGGACCACAGUUGCCAGAUGAUGUGAUCAAGCGCGUGGGUAGCAAAGGCAUGGCUUGGUCGAACCAUCAUCUCAACCCUCUAGACGACCACGAGCAAAAGACGGACGAGAAGGCGUACAACUUCAUGUACUUCGUCAAGGUCGUCUCGACUGCUUAUCUACCCCUCAACUGGCGACCGACUGGCUCAAUCUUGGACAUUCCUCACGAGAUGGUCGAACUGGGCGGAUACGGCAAGGGCGAGGAGGGUAGCAUCGAAACUCACCAGUACUCUGUGACCUCGCACAAGCGAUCACUUUCGGGCGGAGAUGCUAAGGACGAGGGCCACAAGGAGCGAUUGCAUGCAAGAGGCGGUAUUCCUGGAGUGUUCUUCUCUUAUGACAUUUCACCGAUGAAGGUCAUCAACCGAGAAACCAGGACCAAGUCUUUCUCUGGCUUCCUGGUAGGAGUCUGUGCCGUUAUUGGUGGCACGCUGACUGUUGCGGCUGCCAUCGACCGAGCGUUAUAUGAGGGUGGACAAAGGGUGAAGAAGUACCAUAACAACUAG